AUGGUUUCUCUGCGUCUGACUGAGCAGCUGGAGCGGGUGAAGAAGGUGCUGGCGACCUGGAAGAAAGUGGACGAACGUGUCUCCAAGCUGUGCCCCUUUAAAAGUGCUCUGGAGGACACCCCAGCUGACAAUGGCUGCAGCGCUGUUAAGAUCACGGAUGGGCUGGUUGGCUUUUUGUCUGGCGACUUGUCUGGUAGCACAUGGAGGGACGAUUACCUCGGGGUGAAUGCUACAGUAAUGAUGGAAGAAGGGGCUGAGAAAACGGAAAAUGGCGUAACAUUUAAAGGACGUGGUGCGUGGGCGGAGUGGCCCGUUGGCAAGCAAGGGGAGAAUCAGCUUUACCACUUUGCGAACUACAACUUCACUCUUGUGACGACGGUGUCCAUCGACGGUGUGCCGAAGGAAGGAGAUACAGUUCCAUUGAUGGGUGCGAAGAUGGAUGACGACAAUAAUAAUCCUGUGCUCCUAGGACUGUCGUACAACAGCGAAAAGAAGUGGAUAUUAAAGUGCAGUGGCCAAACGACAGAGAAGCUCGGCAGCACUUGGGAGCCACAGACAACUUACCAAGUGGCCAUUGUGCUACAGAACGGCACCCAGGGCUCCGUGUACGUUGAUGGUCAGCGUGUCGGAGAUGCACAAUGUGAAUUGGAGAAUAAGAAAGAUAAAAAGAUCUCCCACUUCUACAUUGGAGGGGAUGGAGGCAGCGCAGGGGGCCAAGGAGACGUCUCUGUGACCGUGGAGAACGUAUUGUUGUACAAUCGACCGUUGACUUCCGAAGAGAUUGCAGGGCUUACCAAAAAUACAAUUACUAUUCCGAAGCCGGAAGAUCCGAAGACAUUGGUGGUGGAUACUCAGUCACCAGCGGUAAUUGCACCAGAUGUGCAGGUAGCCCUGCCCCGGCCCAAUUCUGCCGGGCAACGGCCGUUGGAAGAGGAACCUUUGACGGCAAAUAUUGGUGCUGGCGGUGUAUCCAGUGCAGCUUCCGUUGCUACGACACCCUCGUCUGAUGCUAGCCCAACGGUGGUGACAGGGAGUGGAGAUACGAUGCCGGGAAAUGGAUCACCCCAAACUCCUGAGGUGAGCGUGAGCUCUGGCGGGCAUGGGGAGAAGGUGGAAGGAACGAAUGGGCAGGAGGAGGGAAUCCAUUCACAGGUCAGGGAAGUAAAUGCUACGGCACUCAGCAGCAGCCUCGGAAAUGUGUCGCAGGGGAAUAACACCGACGCUGGCACUGUGUGUGGGAGCGGACUGCCGCUCCUUCUCCUGUUGGGACUGUGGGGGUUUGCGGCUCUGUGA